CGAGGCCCCAAGACCAAGAAACGACAGGCAAGAGGAGCAGAGGAACCACCCCCCACUGCCACUCCAUCCAAUCCGCUAGCUAUCGACCCUCGUUUCCUUCCUCCAUUCCUGUGGGACUCGUCGGAUCCACUCGCCGUCCAUUGUUUUAGCCCCUCGCCCCCACCCCAUAAAGCCGAUGGGUUAGCACCCCCGCCGCGCAAAGAACCCGAGGAGAGGACGGACGCCGCGGCGACGGUCGCCCCCUUCCUCUCCCCUCCGGCGGAUCCGCCCCGGAUCGUCGAGGCUUGCGGGUCCGUUUUUGUGAUUGGUGAAAAUAAUGGCUGCUGCUGAAGCAAGGGCUGCCUGGCAACGUGCUGCAAACCGUUGCCUGGUUCAGGAGGACAGAAAGAGAGCCCCAAAACUAGCCUGCUGUCCGUCGUCAGCUGAACAACAACAUGGUACAAACCAUGGGAACUGUAGAAAUUCUGAAGAUCGUCCCAUUUCCAAUUUCAUGCCUUUGAGUUGGAAUCCCAUGAAUUCUAAUCUGCCACCAGAUGUUAGAUGGUGGGUUCAGUUACAGCCAAAUUUCGGGAUCCAGAAGGAUCUUGCUAGUGAGCGGCUAUGUUGUUUGGGCAGGGACAUUGAUGAGAAGAAAGUGGAGUAUUCAGCACCAAAGCCUAAACACGAGGAAACAUUAUUUUGUGAAGCAGUUGACAACGAAACUAAGAAGAGUGGGGAUAUUUUUGAGCCUCCAUGGAUGGUUUCAUCAGCCUUGAUGAAGUAUUCUCCUGAAAAAGGCUUAGAAGACCUGACGACUGUUGGCUGCUAUUCUCAAGCGUCUAAGUGCAGGGAAACUGCCAACAAUUGUUUCUACAAGGAUAAUGAAUUCCCAGAUUUCGAAUGUAUUGACCCAGAAACUUUGAAGAACCCAGAGAAGGCUGAUUUUGAUAUGGAUGUACCUUGGAAAGAAGGUGAAAAGACUCAACCAUGGUGGCAGAUCGCUGAUGAGAAUGAGCUUGCUUUACUGGUCGCAGAAAGAGCAACACAGCACAUUGAAAACUGUGAUCUGCCAAGACCUACCCAGACAGUACCUGUUCACAGGACAGAACCAUAUACUCACAAACAUAUAGGUGAUUAUGGGGGGUCAUCAUCUCCUGCAGGAAGACUGUCACAUCCUCUUCCUGGACAAUGUGACCAUGUGAAGUGUAGCUAUAGCACUGCAAGCACAUAUACAUUAAGUGUGUCACAAGAUUUUUCUAGCAGUAGCACUACAGGAUCAGAAAGCAAACAAACACUACAGAAUGCAUCGGAGCGGGAUAAGAUUUUGGAGGCACUUCGUCACUCACAAACCCGCGCUAGGGAAGCCGAGAUGGCUGCCAAGAAAGCGCACAAUGAGAAAGACGAUGUCAUUAAGCUUUUGUUCCGACAGGCCUCACAUCUCUUUGCAUGCAAUCAGUGGCUGAAAAUAAUGCAGCUGGAGAAUAUUGUCCUUCAGCUCAACCACAAAGAGCAUCAGAUAUCGUCCAUAAUACCUGAACUUCCUUGGAUGACCCUGAAGGAGAAGCCUACACAGGGUCAAGAGCAGAAAGAUUGGACUAGGAGAAAAGGUAGAAGGCAGAAGAAGGGAGGCAGCUUCUUUGACGCGAUCUUAUUUGCAGUCGGGCUAGGUCUUGCUGGUGCUGGUUUUCUUCUUGGUUGGACCCUGGGUUGGCUGCUGCCAAAGCUGUAGAGUUAGCUAGGCGUUUUGCUGUGUAGAUCCAUAGAUGGAAGGUCCAGGUGGACCCUUCAUGAGAAUGGUGUCAAAUGAUCAAAAUUUGUUAGACCCAGGAUCUGUUGGUUUGGAAAUGGAUUCUGGUGCGUGCAAAGACGUAAAUGAAUCUCCAUACUGCACAGUGCAUUUUAUUUUGGUUUUGUCUUGGUGUAAAUAUGUGUCUAUUUAGUAUAACUGAAUAUUGUACAUAUGAAUCACUGUUGAAUUUGAAACUUUGUCAUCUGUCUUGUUCAAGCAUA